GCAGCUUGAUGGCGGAGGAGUGCCUUGGCGGAGGGACACCUGCCACAGACCAGGCUCACCACAGAGGGUAGACGCUCAGCGUGUCUGCAUGGGUUCGCCUUUCUUCAGGAAGACAGAAUAGCCUAUGCGCGCCCCAGGCUUUCUGCAGUUGGAUUUAUUAGAGGCCACCAUGGGCUCUGUGAAUUCCAGAGGUCACAAGGCAGAAGCCCAGGUGGUAAUGAUGGGCCUCGACUCUGCUGGCAAGACCAUGAUCCUAUACAAACUGAAAGGCAAUCCUCUGGUGGAGACCUCACCCACUGUGGGCUUCAAUGUGGAGCCCCUUGAAUCUCCUGGACGUGUGUCACUGAUUCUCUGGGACAUCGGGGGACAGCCGCAGCUCAGGGCUACCUGGAAGGACUACCUGGAAGGCAUUGACAUCCUUGUGUAUGUGCUAGACAGCACCGAUGAAGCCCGCUUGCCUGAGGCAGUGGCUGAGCUCCAGGAAGUCCUGGAAGACCCCAACAUGGCCGGCGUCCCUUUCUUGGUACUGGCCAACAAGCAGGAGGCGCCUGAUGCUCUUCCAUUGCUUGAAAUCAGAAACAGGCUAGGCCUGGAAAGGUUUCAAGACCAUUGCUGGGAGCUCCGGGCCUGCAGUGCUCUCACGGGCCAGGGGCUACAGGAAGCCCUGCAGAGCCUGCGGCACUUGCUGAGAUCCUGCUGAAAUGCCUUAGCCUGGGACUCCAGGCUGGAGCAGGACAGGGGUCAGGGCCAGCCAG